GUUUCUUUGCGUUCUAGGGUUAGGUUUGGCAACGCGACCGCUUCCUCUCUCUUCGUCUCCCCUUACGUUGGUCGGUCUCGCUUUCUUCUACGCCGUGCUCUCUUCCACCUCUCGCCGGCAAGCUGCCUCUGCGUUCUGCCCUUCUACUCCUGGUCUAUCUUCCCCUGCUGGAGCCCGGUCUAAGUUGCUGCAUAUUCCUCCUUUCCCAGGCGUGGUUGGCCAUGGCGGAAGAAGCUGGCCAGUUUAUAGUUAGGCAAACUCGUGGCACUGUCUUGUGCUGCAAAUGCGGCGUCCUUAUCACAGCAAAUGGUCCAAAUAUGUGCGAAAAAUGUCUGCGAUCCGAAGUCGACAUCACGGAAGGCUUACAGAAGCACGUGAUUAUCUCGCACUGCCCCGAGUGCAAUAGCUACUUGCAACCGCCGAGAACGUGGAUUAAAGCGGAGCUAGAGUCGAAGGAGCUGCUGACUUUCUGUGUCAAGAGGCUCAAGAAUCUCAACAAGGUGAGGCUGGUCCAUGCCGAAUUUGUUUGGACUGAACCCCAUUCCAAGAGGAUUAAAGUGAGGCUGAGGAUUCAGAAGGAGAUUCUGAAUGGUUUCAUUGCGGAGCAGGCUUAUGUUGUUGAGUACGUUCAGCAGGAGCACAUGUGUGAGUCGUGUUCGAGGAUUCAGGCAAACCCUGAUCAAUGGGUCGCAAAUGUGCAACUCCGGCAGCAUGUUUCUCACAGAAGAACUUUCUUCUAUUUAGAGCAGUUGAUCUUGAAGCAUGAUGCCGCGGUUCAUGCCAUCAAGAUCAAGCAGAUGGAUCAUGGCAUUGAUUUCUUCUUUGCUAAUCGUAGCCAUGCUGUGAAGUUUGUGGACUUUAUUGGGAAAGUGACUCCUGUCAAGAGCCGUCAUGACAAGAAGCUCGUUUCUCAUGACUCAAAGAGCAAUAACCAAAAUUUCAAGUAUACCUUCUCGGUUGAGAUUUCUCCGAUUUGUCGAGAGGACCUCAUCUGCUUGCCUCUAAAGGUUGCUGUUGGCCUCGGGAAUCUCGGCCCUCUUGUUAUAUGCAGAAAGGUUACGAACAGCAUUGCUCUAUUGGACCCGCUCACCCUGAGGCACUGUUUCUUAGAUGCCGACCAGUACUGGAGAUCUUCGUUCGAAUCCCUACUUACUAGCAGGCAGCUCGUGGAGUACAUUGUCUUGGAUGUGGAGGUAGUCUCGCCCGAAGUUAAUAUUGGUGACUCUAGAUACACCUUAGCUGAUGCCCAGGUAGCUCGUGUCUCUGAUUUUGGGAAAAAUGAUACAAUUUUCAACAUCAGAACCCAUCUGGGCCACCUCUUGAGCCCCGGUGAUUAUGCUCUCGGGUACGACCUCUACAGGGCAAACAUCAACGAUAUGGAGCUUGAAAGGUACCGAGGUCUCAUCCUUCCAGAGGCAAUCUUGAUCAAGAAGAGCUAUGAAGAGAAGCGCCAGAAAAAACGUGGGAAGCCUCGAUCUUGGAAGCUGAAGUCUCUCAACAUGGAAGUGGACGAGACCAGGAACAGGGAGGAGGAGAAAAAGGAUGUGGAGUAUGAGGAAUUCCUGAGGGAUCUGGAAGAAAAUCCCGAGCUGAGGUUCAACAUAUCGUUGUAUCGGAACAGAGAUUACCAGCCCUCUAUUGCAUCUACUGCUGAUGGCGAUGUGCCUUCGGUUCCUCUCGAGGAGUUACUUGCUGAUCUCGAUCUGAGCGAGGAUGAAGGUGGAGAUGAUAUGACAGAAUGAUUUACUUAGAUUUUGAUCAUGUUUAUCUGAACUAUAAUAUUUCUGAGCCUUUUUUUUUUCCCUUAAAUUAAUGUUCUGAGGUUCUUCUGUUUCUAUAGCCGCUUUUAUCUGUGCACAAAAUAUGUAUCUACAGUUUUGGGGAGCAGUUUUGUCUCAGUUCUUGUUAUGAGGUGCUGCAGUGGCCAGGAUAUAACAUAUCGAGACGUAUCA